AUGAAUGACGCAUCUAAUAUGGACUUCGUUGAUCAAUCGGAAAAUAUUCCAGAAACAACCACAGAUAAACGUGAAAUAUCUCCAUAUCAACAUUGGAUUGAUCAAUUAGAGAAAUUAAAAACUCUACCAAAAACAAAUAGUCGAUUGAAAAAAGAAAUAUGGUCACAAUUCUUACCUCUUUGGUGUGAAAUUCUACAAAUUUCUCCAUCUGAUGCUGAAUUAUGCUACCAAGAAUGUGCGUCUAUUCUAACAGGUCUAUUUAAAGGUGUCAAUUAUCAUUUCUUACGAAGUGAUAUACAAAUCACUCGAGAGAGCUGUUUUACAUGUAUAUCUCAACUCAAUCAACCAAAUAUAAGAUAUUAUCUUGAGCUAACAACUGAACAACAGAAUUUACCAAAUAAUCAAAUAUAUUACAAGCAUGUUUUCUAUCUCUUAUGGAUUGCUGGAAAUUUGAUUUCAUAUUUAUCAUUUGCAAAAAUCGAUGACCAACAAUUUAUUGAAAGUCAUACAGAACUGUAUAGUAUUUUAAUUGAACAUAUAGAACAAAGUAUGCCCGAGCAUUGUCAAACAGCCACCGAAACAGAAUAUGACUUAGGUCAUAUCAAUGUACGUAUUCUUAGUCUCAUGUGGAACACAACCGAUCGAACCAUACUCGUUCCGAUAUUGUUGAAAUGUGAUCUUGCUAGAAAGGUUGUCGGCUGGCUUUCUCAAUCAGCUAAAUUGACAGAUAGUGGUCGUCGACCUCUAAUCAGUAUUGUUUAUAAUCUCGCUCGACAUGAUGACGGAGCUGAUGAACUCAACAAAUAUGGAGCAAUCGACAUGAUCAAAAAAUUUAAGAACAUUAAACCAGAGAAAAAAGAUACACGAAUUUUUACUGCUUCAAUGGCUUUGGCUCUUCUCUCCACACCAGAAGAACUCAAGCAGAAUAAGAAAGGAAUGAACACUGUACUUGAUCAAUUACUACAACUUGUUAUCGAUGCUGCCAAAAGUGAUCGAUAUCGACAUGAUGGAUUUCAUAUUAGUGAACCCUUAGGUAUUCGAAUGACUGGUAUGAAGUAUGUUCGUUUUCGAGAACCCUUUGGAUCACAACAAAAUAAAGCGACCGAAUUGCUCAAUACGAUUCUCGUGUCAUUGUCACCGACACAAACACUUCCGAAUGAGCAUGUUUCAGUACAACCAACACCAUUAUCGAAUCAUAAAAUAUCAUCGCCACCGCCAUCUUUGUCACCAUCAACACAUCAACCCCCAUUAACAUUGAAUACAGUUACCACACAACCAACUACAGUGACUACUUUUCGUCCAUUGAAUCAAUGGACAUCAACUAGUGGCGAUAUUCAAGCAUGGUUUGCACAUCACCGACUAUCGAUAGAAUUACGAGAUUUAUUCGACUUUCAAAGCGGAGAUGAAAUGCUCGAUUAUGCUCAAUUGUUGAUCAGUGAUCGUGAAAAUCAAAUGAAGAUUUAUACAAGAAUUUUCUCUAAGAAAUAUAAUGGCAGUGAUAUGCCACCGCAUGAAUUCAAUCGAUUUGCAAAAGCAUUGGAAAACUUGCUGAGAGACAAUCCUUCACCUCGUAUCAAAACUAAUCCAUCUAAUUCGACGAAAUCGAGUACAUGCAUUAUCUUGUAA